UGUCGGACUCAGUGGAUACGCACGCGCAGCUUCGCUUCCGGGAGCCGCUCCUCGCUACCCACUAUGCUCUGCGACAUCGACCUGUCGCAAAGGCCGCGUUUGCGGGGCGAAUAAGCGACUCGCUUUCCGUGCGGAGCGGCGAGUGAGGCCCCCGUCCACCUCCUCCUGCCGCAGGGCCAGAACCCCUGACAGUAUUCAGCUGCGCUUAAGUCUGGCCGGUGUCAUCUGUCUCCGCAAUGCCCCCGAAGAAACAGGCUCAGGCCGGGGGCAGCAAAAAGGCGGAGCAAAAAAAGAAAGAGAAGAUUAUCGAAGACAAAACUUUUGGUUUGAAGAAUAAGAAAGGAGCAAAGCAACAGAAGUUUAUCAAGGCUGUCACACAUCAAGUUAAAUUUGGUCAACAAAAUCCACGUCAGGUAGCGCAGAGUGAAGCUGAAAAGAAAUUGAAGAAGGAUGACAAGAAGAAAGAAUUGCAGGAGCUAAAUGAGCUGUUCAAACCUGUAGUUGCUGCUCAAAAAAUAAGUAAAGGUGCAGAUCCCAAGUCUGUGGUAUGUGCAUUCUUCAAGCAAGGACAGUGUACUAAAGGAGAUAAGUGUAAGUUCUCUCAUGACUUGACUCUGGAGAGAAAAUGUGAAAAGCGAAGUGUUUACAUUGAUGCAAGAGAUGAAGAACUUGAAAAAGAUACUAUGGAUAAUUGGGAUGAGAAAAAGCUGGAAGAAGUAGUGAACAAGAAGCACGGUGAGGCGGAAAAGAAAAAACCAAAAACUCAAAUAGUGUGCAAGCAUUUCCUUGAAGCUAUUGAAAACAACAAGUAUGGCUGGUUUUGGGUAUGCCCUGGAGGGGGUGAUAUUUGCAUGUAUCGUCAUGCACUUCCUCCUGGAUUUGUGUUGAAAAAAGAUAAAAAGAAAGAAGAGAAAGAAGAUGAAAUUUCAUUAGAAGAUCUAAUUGAGAGAGAGCGUUCUGCCCUAGGUCCAAAUGUUACCAAAAUCACUCUAGAAUCUUUUCUUGCCUGGAAGAAAAGGAAAAGACAAGAAAAGAUUGAUAAACUUGAACAAGAUAUGGAAAGAAGGAAAGCUGACUUCAAAGCAGGGAAAGCACUAGUGAUCAGUGGUCGUGAAGUGUUUGAAUUUCGUCCUGAACUGGUCAAUGACGAUGACGAGGAAGCAGAUGAUACCCGCUACACCCAGGGAACAGGUGGUGAUGAGGUUGAUGAUUCAGUGAGUGUAAAUGACAUAGAUUUAAGCCUGUACAUCCCAAGAGAUGUAGAUGAAACAGGUAUUACUGUAGCCAGUCUUGAAAGAUUCAGCACAUAUACUUCAGAUAAAGAUGAAAACAAAUUAAGUGAAGCUUCUGGAGGUAGGGCUGAAAAUGGUGAAAAAAGUGACUUGGAAGAGGACAACGAAAGGGAGGGACCGGAAAAUGGAGCCAUUGAUGCUGUUCCUGUUGAUGAAAAUCUUUUCACUGGAGAGGAUUUGGAUGAACUAGAAGAAGAAUUAAAUACACUUGAUUUAGAAGAAUGACAUCAAACACGUCGCUGAAAAAAUUAAGUCAGCUCAGCAUGAGUUGAAAUUGACUACAUUAAUUUCUUUCCACCUAGAAUCAACAGGAUGUUUAUUUCCUAUGCUGAUUCUGGAGGAGUUAACCUCCUGCAAAAAAGGAAUAUUGUCCCUACGUCUUCUCUUCUGACUUUGGCUACAUCUCAUAGUAAGUUCAGAGUAGUUCAUGAUAAAUUGAAAAUAUAAUGGUCAUUGCAGAAAAUGAUUGAUUGUUGUAACUGUCCACCCAAGUAAGAAGUGUAUCUGCUUUUCCAUCUUUGGUUUUCAUUUGGGCAUGUGCUAUUACCAGAAACAACAAACUUACAUUUAAAAUACCCUUCAUUUGACACAGUUUUUAAUGAGUGAUUUAAUUUCCUUUGUAUUUGUAUGUUUAGAAGACUGCCUAAAACAUCAGCACUGUACUUCAUAAAGAAAACUGCAUAUGCAGAUUCAGUAUUGUAUAUCUUUGGACAAUUAGAUGGACAUUUAAAAUGGAACUUCUUAUAUCUGACAGGAUCAACUACAAUGCCCUGUGUUAAAUUGUUUAAAAGUUUUCCCUUUUCUUUUUUGCCAAUAAAGUUGUAAAUAAAGACCAUCAUACAUUAAAAUCCAAA